AUGGAGAUGAUUCGCUUGACCGAAGAGGAGCGAUCGCAAGAGACUACUGUGCACGACUACUGUUGGCAGAUCGUCGAGCGCAUCUUCUGGCAAGUCCAUUUCGACCAAGCUUGGAUUGAUCAAUUUAAGAGCUACAGUCAUCUCCUCUCUCCUUUCAUGGAAGAAGCUCCGUUCGACGAAGAAUUCCAUUUCCUCGAUCUAGACGUUUUUAUGGCGUUCAAGUCAGCCUGUCGUAAGGACAGAGCGCAACGUCCGCUCUGCAUACCUUUGCCCCCCGAGACCAUUCAGCGAAUCUAUCGCUUCCUCGACCGAGAAGAGGAUGUUGUCAACCUUGACGGAGUCUUGUCCGUUGGGCCCUGUCCGAAACAGUGGAGGGAGCUUGGGUUUAAAUAUAUGUUGGCAGACGAUCUCGACCCAAGAGAGAACAUCAGAACCCUUUUUCGCAACCUGCAACAGCAGCCACGAAAUCGAUUCCCCAAGACCACUAAUUAUCGAAUUAUUUGGGCCAAUGUUGAGAUUCUGUGGAGUGUUAUGAAUACCCCGUUGUUGUUGGCAAAUGUGCCAGCAAGUGCCUCAGUGCUGCAUGGUAUAAAACUCGAUGACCACCACAAUUCUACACGGUACACAAUUGGGCUUCACGGGGCUCAUUACUUCGUCUUCAUGUUCAGAGAGUCUCAGGACAUCCAAGUUCUUUGUGGAAUAGCUAUCAAUGGCCGACUGGUUGGUUAUGAGGGCCCCAUAUGGCAGUCUGUCCAAGUGACGUCCUUGGCAGGGCUCGAGAUUGCGAGUGUGGAGAACGGUCUUGUUGGCAUUCGCAUCAAGGAUACACUCAGCUGGCAGGAUAAGUGGCACGGUCAUUGUCCAGAAAAUAGCGCCCGCGUUACAUUUGAAUGGGAUCCCAGAAGCACUGAAAUUGUGGCAUCAUAUGAUGAUCAUAAAAUUACAGAACUUGGAUAUCGAUAUUCUCCUGAGAAGACAUGCAGUGCCGUGGGAGGCUCGGGCGACCUGGAGACGGAGCAGGCGCAGCCCAUAGCAUCAUGA